AUGGGAACUCCAUACCAUAUCCCACGAUACGCUCCCAAGCUUUUCUCCUGCGACAAAGCAUCUGCUGAGUUCCAGGCGCUUUCCUUGAUUGCCGGGUCACUUGCACAUCCUCAGCGAACCCUGCUUACUACCUUUAUACAGCAAGCUGUCGACCGAGAAGUUGCGUCACGUUUCUUCCUCGAUGAGGUCCUUGAACGGAAAAAUGCCACUGUUUCAGAAUUCUUGGCCGAUUGGAUUAGCCUCCUUCGAAAGGUAACCCCUGUAAUCUGUAAAGACAUAGACCUUUCACUCAAACAGAGCAUAUGGCAAAGAGAUGAUGGCCAGUGCUGUAUCGCUCAAGCUCACGAACGAAAGAAGUACGAUGAGGAUCCGUUAGUUGUCCACAUAUUGCCCCCUACACUUUUUCGCGAUCAGGAUAUGACCCAAGGCUACUUCGUGAAAACGAACUAUUUCAUUCCAUCCAUCCAGAUGGACGUGUAUCCUUUCAUAAAAUUGGAAAACAAAGCUAUGGAUUCCUCGUCUCUCCCAAAUGCGAAGCUUAUCGAUGUGCAUCACCGGUUUGCACCAGCUUUGGCAUGGCUAGAAGUGUAUGACUACAUGAGACAGGCCUGCGACUCGUUAUCCAACUCCAAGUCACACAGUUCAGUGGGCGUCGCUACGAAACUGCCAGCGACGAAAAGUUGGAAUCGAUGGUGCCUUCAACCUGUACCUCGAAUCUUUCAAUACCUCUGGAUGCGAACGCCUGAGUUCCUUCGAGGAUUUGCUUAUAGGCACCUAGCAUCGCUUUCAAGGAGCCUUUACGGACACACUGGUUCAGACCGGAUGUAUCGGCUACCUUUCAAUCUUUACUUGCGAGUAGCACCCAGAGACUGGGCACCGAAACAUCAAGCAGAGCUUGAGUCACUCCGGAUCGUUGAGAAAUACACGCAAAUCCCUGCACCAAGAGGGAUUGACGCUAUUCAGUAUUCUGAUUCAUCGUAUCUCCUCAUGACCGGUCUUCCUGGACGGGGCAUCGGGCAAAUGUUGUCUACGAUGACGGACAAACAAUUAGACACUGUCGCACAAGACCUCAAGCAAUUCAUUGCUGAGCUGCGGCAAAUUCCUCACAAGACCGAUUCAGAAUUUCAGAUAUGUAAUUCGCUGGGCGGGGGCAUCUUGGAUUGGCGAAUCGGCGAUUCUCAACACAAAGACCUAAGGUUUCGCGAUGAGACCGAGUUCAAUCAGAUGCUGACGUUUGAUCUUCCCCUGGACGAAGACGCGUGGAAACAGAUCUCAAGGUCGCACGGCGUCAAACACGACAUCGUCUUCACACAUGCAGACCUCAACCUCAGAAAUAUCCUCGUCGAUGAAAAUGGAAGGAUCUCUGGCAUAGUCGAUUGGGAGUGUGCGGGGUGGUACCCUGAGUAUUGGGAAUACUCAAAGAUGCACUUCACCGUGCGACAUACGUACCGGUGGAUUGCAGAUGUUGUUGAUCAGAUUUUCCAGACUUACUGCAAUGAGUUGCAGGUCGAAGAUAUGUUGUCUAGCAUGGUUCCUUCAUGGUAA